CCCUCCGGGCUGCCCUCGGCACCCGCUUGUAGCGCUGCCGGAUCUCGGGGACCGCGGCCUUCAGUGGCUCCGUCCAUAGGGCUGGGGCUGGCGGUUUGUUUUAUCCUCACCUCAGACAGCAUUGAGCACAGCGGUGCUGGGAGUGCUCGCUUUAAAACGGCCCUUUAUUGCAAUAUUCGUGAGAGCAGCAGCACUUCUGAUCCUUGCUCCUUUUCAGUUAAUUUUGCAUAGAGCAGGCUGGAUAAACUCAUUUGUUAAAAAUCAGUUUAAAGCUAUUCUUUAAAUUUCUCCAACUGACUUUCUGGUAAGUGCUUGUCAUAAAAUCACUAGGGUUGGAAAAGCCCUCUAAGAUCACAGAGUCUAACCAGUAACAUUUACUGUGUUUACCGCUAGACGAUGUCUCCAAGUGCCAUAUCCACAAACCAUUUGAAGGCUUCCAGGGAUGGUGUUUACAGCCUCUUCCAAUAUCUGAUCACGAUUUCAGUGGAGAAGUUUUUCCUAAUAUCCACUCUAAUCUUCUGAUGUAAUUUGAGGCCAUUUCUUAAGACAUUACUUGAGAGAGGUGACCCCACCUGGUGAUUGUAGAGAGCUGUAAGGUCCCCCCAGCCUCUUUUCCUUCAGACUAAGCAACUCCAGCUUUUUUUCCUCUGCAUGAUAAACUCUUCUGGUGUGGAUCAAUACAUACAGUUAUCACAUUGCAUUCGUUUGUAGUGCUCCUGCAUACCCACCUCUGCAGAAUUAAAAUAUUUCUUCUUGAGCUUACCUUUACCUCUGCUGGUGGCACUGCCCAGGGGCUAUGCUGUCCAUGACAGCAGGGAAACCAAAUGUCUGGAAAGUAACCUAGCAAAAUAUGAUUUUUUUUUUUUUCUCUUCAAGAUAACCCUCUUUCCUGACCUGGCUGAUGGUAUGGUCUCUGUAACUGUUGUGAUGGCCCAGGGCUUGGCAUGAGUGGCCAGCUGGGAUGGCCUGAAAAGUCCUUGAUAACCAGUGGAAGCCUCUCUGUAAACUUUUUGGACAAUUGAGCAUGUGAGGGACAAACACCCCUGGGCAAAUAUCCUAUUUGUACUAGAUGUGGCUUUUGACACAACCAGACAUUUUUAGUGAAGAAACCAUAAGACAGAGAAGCCUGGAAAGACUAAAGCUGCAAGAACAGGAACACAUUCAAAAUAGGGGGAAAAAAAAGAGAGGGGGUUGAAAGAAAAAGACGUGGUGAUGAAAAGAAGUUCAAGAGAGAAAAAGGAAAGCUAAGCGCGAGAGGAGAGAAGAGAGGCAGAUAGAUGGAGAUGAGGAACAUCCCCCAAAGCAGCAGAAGGUACCGGCUGAAGAACAGCAGUGGCCAGAGAAUAUGCCUGAAUGGGAAGAAAGGAAAUCCCUGCUAGCUCAGAGAAGAGUGGAGUCUGUCAGACUGCUUACAGUGCUGUUAAAUCGUGUGAAAUUGGCAAGUCAAAAAGUGGAUCCUUCACUGGGUAUAAAGGACGAUUCAUUUUCUGAAACAGUAUUUAAAGACAUACAGCAGGAGCUGAUUAACUCCCUUUAUCGUACGCACAAAGAGCUGACACGUAAGGAGUUUAAGUGCCCGUUAACCCAAAAAGGUAGUAGUUUAUGUUGUGAGGAAGGAGACGGGAGUAACUUCUAUGCACCUACUUGUCACAUAGUCAGGACAAUUUUAAAUGAUCCCUCUCCAGCCCCGAGCUCUGAUGGACUGCCUGGCAGAGAUGUGUGCACCUCCUCCGCCAAAGGCUGUGGGCCUUUGCUGAUCACGGUUACCCAGGACGGCAGGGUCAUCGAACCUCUCCGUGGAAGGCACCACCCAGCACUGGAUGUAGCUCAUACACAGACAUUGUCUGAGGAAGAUGAUUGCAAAAAGCAAAAGGUUUAUGAGACUGAUGAAUUCAUCCAUUAUUUACUAAACUACUAUCAGACACCACACUACGCACGUGUUUGCUUAGAGCCAAAAACCACUGCGAACAAUUCCCGGUGGAAGCGAGUGGUGUGUGAUGAUGGUAGUGGGUUUGACAUCAGCUUGAGUAACAAACAUGGUCAGCACUUCAGAGAAGUGAGUCCUGUACAAAACCUCCAAAAGAGAAAUUGUAGUAGUGAUAGUAAUUAUAGGCUGGUGAUAUCUCUUGGGGAACGUGAGUCAACAGACAAAGUGUUAGAAAGCAGGGUGCAUGGGGGCAAGCUUGCAAAAAAGCUGCAAGUGCAGAGGAAUGACUCACUCACUGUUGAUAACUUACCACAUGUUGGACUGAAUCAUUCUUUGGAGUGCACUACUGCUACUCACAAUAAGGAAUUCAAACAAGAAGAUGGUAGAGAUGAAGGCACUGUACCAUAUGGAAGUAGAUCUGCUUGCAGAUUAAAGGAUUUAUUGGAAGAGAUCAGUGAUUCUGAGUACUUUAGAGAGGCAUGUGGUGGCUCAGUGAAGAGAGCAGAAAGAAGGUAUGAAGAAAUUUACAGCAGUUGUAAUAAAGGGUGCUUGUCUGCAAGAGCCGGGGAAAGAAAAUUACUGGUUUACCAUAAAAAUGUAGCUCUGGAAGGUCAAGAGGAGGAAAUCAGCCAGUGUAACUCCUGUUCUAAUUCUGUCCAUGAGGGCUUGGCAAGGCAGUGUGAACGUAAACUUAAAAAGUCGUGCAAGAGGUCUAGUAGUAAAUUAAGAUAUGAAGGAAAGAAAAGUGAGAGACAAUCCAGGGAAAAGGAGAAAAAUGCUCAUAAAAUGAAGAAAAAGCGAAAAAAGCUUUCUUCUAAUCUUUUAACUGAUGAAUGUGGCUUUUCAGAGACGGACAGUUGCAUGCAGCUGGAGUCGCUCAGAAAGAUACAGAGAAAAUGUAAGAAAAUGUUACACAAGAAAGUGAAAUUCAAGACACAUCACACUUCUAUGGCAGCACCAGAUGUUACCCCUCAUGAUGGCUCGCCCCUUCAGGAGACCCUCCAGAGGAGAGGAGAUGAGAGGAAAUUAAUGUUGAGAAGAGAGAUGGAUGCAGAUGUCAGAGGAUGUCCUCUAUUUCCUCUUGAGAUAAUUCAGACAAACCCCUUCUCAGAUACUUUCUGUGGAGGAGAGCCCAGAAGAGGAUGCUGAACAGCUACUGUAUGAUAGCUCUGAAGUUUUUAUAAAGUGGGAGAAGAAAGCCCGUUGAUCAUUAAAAGGUAUAUGAACUACUGGGUUGGUUUUUGAUUUUUUUAUUUUUGCUUAGGUAAUUCCUUUGGUUAGGAUAUUUAACUGGUGUAGUGAGCCACAAAAGCAGAAUCUGUGUUUGCCUUUUGGAUAAAAGGACCAAAACUUUCCCCAGAGCCAGAAGAAAGUUUCAUGGACUAGUGGCUAAAGAACUUGACACAGACUGAGAUUUUGGAGUGUUAUACUUUGACUGAAUGCAGGGAAUCAUGUAAAUCACAGUAUUUACUAAUAAUGAGUCAUUGGAAAAAAAACUAAUUGUCAAUCCUAGAGCAAGCAUAUGAAGUGCCUCCUCUAUCAGAUUGUUAUAAUGAUGGGAUUGGAAGGUACAGGGGGACAUUUAUACUCAGUUUUGAAAAGUAAUAGAUUUCCAAAUGUGAAAAAAGUCCCAUCUUCUGUAAAACUCACACUAGAAGAAUCCUUGUUUUCUAUUGACAAUUCUAGAGGUGUUUCUGAAAACUUGCUGGCCUUUGGGAGGAAGGAUUUCACUGAACUUAUGCCCAAUGUAGUGCUUCCAGGAAUCUGAAUGGUUGUUUAAACAAAGCUCUGAGUGUUAGAUAAUGAAAGGGCAGUGCAUGUCAGCCUGCUGACAGUGCCCAUGUAAAUGCAGGUUGACAGUUCACAAGAUUUUGAAGGCACAUAUAGUGAGGUAGCUGUUUAGUAUGUGUUUGCUUACAAAUGCUUUCCAGAGGAAUUGUGAAAUGUUGUCAGAGUUGUGCUUCAUGUAGAUAAAAAUGUGAAAAUGGAGUCUAGGAGCUCAAGGUAUAUCUAUAUUUAUUCAUCUGGCUAUAUCUAGAAGACAGUCACAAUUGAUUUUGGACGAAGUCCCUUAGCAAGAUAGAGUUUGAAGUUCAAGACACUGAUUAUUGCAGCUUUCCUUUUAUUAUGCUUUACUUAUUACAUGUCAGUAGAUGAAGUUAAUGUGAAAAUGUUGCCUUCAUUACAUAAGAUCUUACCCAUGUUUGUAACUUCUGCUCUAAUAAAUAGUAAUAAAAAAGAGUAAUUGUAGUUGUUCGUGGUAGAUAGGUUUUUUCCCCCACGUCUUCAAUACUGGUGAUUCCUACAGGCUUCUAAGCCAGGUUUUAUCAGUCUUUCUGUUCAUAUGUUGAGAUGUUGAGUGCCUUUUCAGGGUCAUGAAUGACAAAUAGUUGCUAUUCAAAGUACUGUUAAUCUUACUUUUAUCUAAAAAGAUGUUAUUUUCUUGACAGAAAUAUUUUCUGACUAUUUUGGAAAACAUUUAUGCCCUUCUUAAGUCUCCCAUUUAAUAUUUUAUACAGAUAUAAUGAAGAGGGACUGUUGUAUUCGACUGUGUAAAAUGUUUUCAGUUGCACUGAUGUGACAUACCAAGGGUGUUUUUUCUCUAUGCAAAAUUUGCAGAUUAAAGAUAACAAAACUUCCACCUCUGUCACAGUUUUGUGUCCAUGAGUACCCAUUUCCUGUGAGACAGGCCUUUUGGUGACAGGUGAGGAAGUAUUUCUUUUUGUUAAUCUGGGGGAGAAGGAACUAAAGAUUUCCUUCAGUGUAAAUUUCCAGUGUUUUAUCAACAUGCUGUCACAAUAACCAAUAACAAAUUUCUGUAAUUGCUUCAUGCAUUCACCUGUAUUGACUGAAACUGGUAGAGGAUUUGCUUUAUCUCCCAAGCCCUCAUUCCAUGUAAAACACUGUUAGCUAAUAAAAUAUGCAUGCACUUUAAAAUGUGAGACAUCAUUGUAAUCUUCACACUGAAAGAGAACCUCUGUGUUUUCUAUUUGAUAUUACUUAGAACCUGAUUUCAGGUGUUUUUUGACUUUUCACAAAAUCAUAGAAUGGUUUGGAUCAGUACCUUAAAAAUCAUCUUGUUCCGAUCUCCAUGCCAAGGGCAUGGGCACCUUCCACCUGCACCAAGCAGUGUCCAACAUGGUCUUGAACACUUCCAAGGACAGGUGUCCAGUUUCUUCUGGCAACCUCUGCCACAGCCUCACCAUGCUCACAGGGAAGAAUUUCUUUUUCCUGUCAGCACAUUUAAUAUGAGCCCCACCUUUUCAUACAAUGGACUGCUUUAUAUAAUUUUAUUAUUCUGAAGGCUAAUCUUUAAAGAGACAUGUAACAGCUUGCUUUAAAACUUUUAAAAUGCAUGGCUUUGUAAAUCGGAUGUUAGUUGUUAUAAAUGUUACAUUCCACAUAGGAAAGUUACUGAGUGUUUUGGCAAUUAAAACAUUUAUUAGAUUAAAAGAUACAUUAAAAGCAGUACUUAUAUAGUUCAGCAGUGGAAAUGUAGAAUAUCUCUGGCAUAAUUUCACACCUUUCAGUUUGAACCUGAUAUGUUCUAUUGUGCCCAGCUGCUGUUUCAAGAGGCUGGAUGCUUUUUAUGGAAACACUGUUUACUCUGACAUGUAUGAAGUUGGGACCUGAGACUGCAGAUCUUGCCAUCAAAUUUAAUUUUCUGUACAGAACUGGUGAAAAUACCUCCUCCUAGAGCUGGUAUGAAGAGAAGUUGGCUGAAAAAUGCUUUGUUACUGAAAAUAUGUGACCUGUGGGGUUGUACCUUGUGCUGAAUACUGAAGUCAAAAUCCUACAGGCUGGUUUUAAAGCAGAAAUACAUAAGGCCCAUUAUUAAAUCAGUCCAUCUGCUUGAAAUAAAAUACAGCAAUUAUAAUAUAAAGCCCAUUCUUAAACCAGGGAUUCCAGGAAAUGCAUAGAAAUGCUUUCAUAAAACCCCUUACAUAACUUUCAACAGAAGCAUGCAAUACGGAACUUUUUUUUGUUUAAUUGAAACAGCAGAAAGUAAGAGUGAAUAAAGGUGAUUAAGGGCAGGUGAAAAAUACCUGAAUUUUACAAAGCAGGUCAAAGUAUGAGUUUUCCUAGCUGGAAAUAAGAUAUGACUCAAUUGUUUUGUCCUAGAGUAGACCUUUGUGACAGGUGUUGGACACCUCAGCUAAGGGAGAUUAGUGACAUUCUCUGCAUUUAAUUGGUCAUCAUGUCCUACCUGGUUAAUAUACAGACUGAUAAGCUGCCUGGCAUUGUUCUUUUUGCAUAGUCAUUGGUGCCAGUCACUGUUGAAGGAAGGGUUCAAACUGUAAUGAAUAGACUAAAAAAGAAGCUAAAACCCCUCCAUUUUCUUCUGUACUUUGGAAAGAAGUAAAACCCAUGCCUGGUGCUUUAUGAGCAGCUUUUGUGACACACUUCUCCUCUUUUCACAAUAAAUCCUCUGUUUUCCCUGAAAAAGUAAGUCUUACCGAAGUGUCAUUCCUCCUCCCCAGGAAGUAUUAACAAUAAGCAUUGUCUUGUGUUACUGCCUGUGUUCUGCAUAAUUUUUGUUACUAUUUUUCUUUGUGAUGCAUAAUGUUCUGAUGUACAGAUUAAUACUUAAAAUAGUGUUCAGUUCCUUGGGAGAUGAUACAGAGUAACUUAAGAGUCCACUGAAGGGUAGGUUACAGCCUUCCAAAGCUCCAGCUCUUGCUCAGUAUUAACAAUUACUUGGGGUUUUUUUCUGCCUAACACUGUUUUUGCAAUGAGCAUGUUCUCUAUUUAAUAUUCUGUUAAAGUUUUACUAGUGAACUGCAUUUACAAUCAUUCCAUUAGAAUGUAUUUUACUGAAUCUAUGCAUUGGAUAAUGUGACACAUUGGAAAAAGACAAUAUAAAACUUGAAACAUUAGGGGAGUAUUAAAUAUAACAUUUGGUUGCAGUAAAUGAAAACACCGCCAUUAUGCAAGAGUAUUUUAUUUUCUGCCUUAAACAAAUAAAAGUACAUUUCCAAUUUGAGGUAAACCAUUAGUAGUAGUUUGCCAAGAGUAUAAAUGUCUCUAAAAAUAAAAUAGCAACACAAAGAUCAUGACAAGGUCUACAUGUGGCUCUAGACCUUCGUUAGGUAGUCCAUAGAGUACCACUUUACGCAAACUCUCUGGCUCAAACAACAUUGCUCUUCAUCAGAAUGCCCAGUGCAACCAGAAGAAAAUCCCAGGACAGUGUUGGGACUGAGGGAGAGUUGGUUAUUCUCACCACAGUUGGUGUCAGGCACUUAUGAAAACUGCUGUGCAGUUGAGAGUGCAACACUCCCGAACACUUUUACCUAGUUUACACCUUCCCACAGAGGACUCAGUUCAUCAUUUUGAUCAUGUUGCCAAAUUGAAAUAACCACACAGCUGAGCCAGAGAAAUUAAAUAGAGGGAACUACACCAGACAGGCACCCUGAAUAUUCUGCACUAGCAGAAUCACCUGGACAAGAAACAAGUUCACAAGUGAUCAGCAAAUCAUUAGUUAUCUUGGAAUUUAUAAGAAAGUGUUACAGAAGUAUUUUGGAAGAUAAACAAUUACGUUUUUCCUUGGUCAUAUCCAUUUACCCAGCCCUCUCUGGAAGGAGGCAGGCCACUUAGAAAAAAA